AAAAAAAAAAUUUGCAAUAGGAUCUCACCGAGCCAGCAACCGAUUCUUUUGCGAGUAAAGCGUGCUGCGUAUGUUCGUCAAAUAACACCAUCGUCCCCCUUUCCCUUCUCCAACAAAUUCCUUCACCUUCCAUCGGGUUAUUAAUUUCCAGCUCACAAUGGUCUGCGAAAAGUGCGAGAAGAAGCUGUCCAAGAUAAUAGUGCCGGACAAAUGGAAAGAAGGGGCCCACAACGCUACCGAAGGCGGCGGCAGGAAGAUCAACGAGAACAAGCUUCUCUCUAAAAAACACAGAUGGACACCUUAUGGACAAACCAAGUGCAUUAUCUGUAAGCAGCAAGUCCAUCAAGAUGCCAAGUAUUGUCAUACAUGUGCUUACAGUAAAGGAGUAUGUGCAAUGUGUGGGAAGCAAGUACUUGAUACCAAAUUUUACAAACAAAGCAAUGCAUGAUGAAGACUAGUUUGAUUUGUUGAUUCUGUUUCUUCUGCUAAUAUUAGAACAGCAUAAUAUUUGCAAUCCUCUCGAACUUGAUGUAAUCUUACUGUAAUAACUGAUGUUGGUCUUUGCGUAUAUCGUCGGUAGCUGUAUGAACACUGAAAUGUACUUUCUAUGAUGUUCCCAGAAUUUAUCGAGCCGUCUUAUUACACUUGUCGCAA